AUGCAGAUCUUCGUCAAGACCCUUACGGGUAAGACUAUCACCCUUGAGGUGGAGUCUUCCGACACCAUCGACAAUGUCAAGAGCAAGAUCCAAGACAAGGAGGGCAUUCCCCCGGACCAGCAGCGCUUGAUCUUCGCCGGCAAGCAGCUCGAGGACGGCCGAACCCUCUCCGACUACAACAUCCAAAAGGAGAGCACCCUCCAUCUCGUCCUACGUCUGCGUGGUGGUAUGGCCAAGAAGCGCAAGAAGAAGGUGUACACCACCCCCAAGAAGAUCAAGCACAAGCGCAAGAAGACCAAGUUGGCUGUGCUCAAGUACUACAAGGUGGACGGUGAUGGCAAGAUCGAGCGUCUGAGGAGAGAGUGCCCAGCUGAGCAGUGCGGUGCCGGUAUCUUCAUGGCCGCCAUGCACAACCGCCAGUACUGCGGCAAGUGCCACCUCACCUACGUCUUCGACGACCCAAAGUAA